AUGGGUAAGAAUAGGUACAACGCGAAAGCUCGACAGGUUGUAAAAACAAAUGUUGAUAAUACCAAAACAAAUGAGAUUAAAUUAGAAUUUGUCUCUAACGAAUAUGGCUCAGAAGAUCCUAGUAACUUAUUGGCAUUGCCGUCAAAAAAGAGGCAAACAAAAGUUGUCUCAGAGAAGAAAGAAAGAACUAGGUUCCUAUCUAAGGCGCAGAGAAAAAGAUUAGAGAAAAUUCUUGAUAAGAAAAAGAAAAAGGAAAAUAGAGCAUCUUUGUUAGCAUCAUUAUCUGAAGUACAAGCAUCAAAAGAUGAAGUGAGCCAAUUAACAACAAUAUCAACUAUCCAAACACUUGGUCUUCGAAAGUUAACAGAAUUGGAUUUGGAGACUUCUAAUUACAAGAAACAAAAUAAUGAACUUUCUGAAACUAAAAAAUACAGCAGUAUAGCAGGAGCUAAAAAACGACUGCGUCUCCUCAGGCUAGAGAAUUGUGAAAAUGUCAAAAAGAGAAAAUAUGAUCCAAAUACAGUUGGAUUGGAAGAAUCUUCUGAUUCAAGUUCAGAUUUUGAGGAAGAUAAAGGUGAAGAAGAUGGACCAGUCAUAGAACUUACCAGGCCUGAAGAAGUAGAUGGGUCAAAAGAGGAAAAUGGAGAGCAAAGUGAAAUGGUAGUAACAAAGGUUGACUUAACAAACAAUGAAAAAGAAAGUAAAAUAAAUAUAACAGAUAAAGAAGAUGUUAAAGAUAAAAAGCCUCUGUUAACGCAUGAAACCAUCCACAUAGCUGUCAAAAGAGAUCCAAAAAUUCAAGUAGCAAGGUUGAAAUUGCCGAUUUUAGGUGAGGAACAGAGAAUUAUGGAGUUGAUCAACGAAAAUGAGUUUCUAAUUGUUGCUGGAGAGACAGGUAGCGGAAAAACAACCCAGAUACCACAAUUCCUCUAUGAAGCUGGAUAUGCGGAGAAGCAAAUGAUAGCGGUGACUGAACCGCGAAGAGUCGCGACGGUUGCCAUGUCAGCUCGUGUGGGCCACGAGCUAGGACUUACCAGCAAGGAGGUCUCGUAUCUCAUGAGGUUUGAAGGAAACGUCACUAAGGAAACGAAAAUUAAGUUUAUGACAGAUGGUGUACUUUUGAAGGAAAUUCAAACUGAUUUCCUGCUAAGCAAAUAUUCUGUGGUUAUUAUUGACGAAGCGCACGAAAGGAGUGUCUAUACGGACAUUUUAUUGGGUCUGUUAUCGAGAAUAGUGCCAUUACGAAGAAAACGAGGCACUCCACUCAGACUUAUUAUCAUGUCUGCUACACUUCGCGUCGAAGAUUUUACUGAAAACACUAGAUUAUUUAAGGACCCACCUCCGAUGAUAAAAAUUGAUUCAAGACAGUUCCCUGUAACGGUACAUUUCAACAAAAACACGUACGACGAUUACUUGAAGGAAGCUUAUAAGAAGGCAGUUAAAAUACACACGCGGCUACCAGAGGGCGGUAUUUUGAUAUUCGUGACUGGACAACAAGAGGUAAACUAUCUGGUGCGAAAAUUGAAAGCGUCGUUCCCAUACCGUAAAGAUGUAGAUUACUCCAAGUUGAUUACAAAGAAAGCAGUCGACGGAGUUGACGCGGCUCUUGAUUCAGAGCCAGAUGAUAUCGAGUCUGAUGAUGACGAGGUGGAAAAAGAAAUGAAGCGUGCAAGAAAGGCAAGAAAGAAGGCAAAGAAGAAAGCAAAAGAAUUGCCGAAGAUAAAUUUAGAUGACUAUGACAUGCCAGAAGAUGAUGGUCAAGCUGACUUGGUGGGACGUGAUGAUGACAGCGAAGGACACCUAAGUGAUUCAGAUAUAGAGGAGAACGUGCUUGCGCCAGAGAUAAAAUCUUGCCGUCAACCUCUUUGGGUGUUGCCUCUAUUCUCUAUGCUCAGCUCGUCUAAGCAGGCACGCGUUUUCGCGGCACCCCCAGUGGGCGCCAGGCUGUGCGUUGUCAGCACCGAUGUCGCUGAAACGUCCCUCACAAUACCAGCCAUCAAAUAUGUCGUGGAUUCCGGGAAGAAAAAGAUGAAAGUUUACGACCACACCACUGGCGCAAGCGCAUGGCGUGUAGUAUGGACAUCCCAAGCGAGUGCGGAACAAAGGGCGGGGCGAGCUGGGCGUACAGGGCCUGGCCAUGCCUACCGCCUGUACAGCACUGCUGUGUUUCAGCACGACUGUCCAUCACAUCACCCCCCGGACUUAUGCCGAAGACCAGUUGAUGAUCUAUUGCUGCAGAUGAAGUGUAUGGGCAUAGAUAAGGUAGUGAAUUUCCCAUUUCCUACGGCACCAGAUCGAAUGCAGCUGCGCCUUGCUGAGAAACGUCUCGAAGUUCUAGGAAUUUUGGAAAAGGCUAGAAACAGUACUAGGAGGAAGGAUGAUGAAGAGGUAUUAAAAGUGACCCCACUGGGCAAAGCUGUGUCAGCAUUUCCUCUUUUACCGCGGUACGGUAAAAUGUUGGCGCUCAGUCAUCAGCAGAACCUGCUGCCUUACUCGAUUGCUCUAGUAGCCGCACUCACUGUACCAGAGGUAAUGAGCGGUAAGCCAGAAUGUUGGCCGGCGACUGGCAACACGUUGCUUCUAGGAGACCCUGGAGUAUUGUUAAGAGCUGUGGGCGCAGCGGAAUUUGCACAUGUCAAAGGUGAAGAGGAGUUGUUCUGUGCUAAAUAUGGACUUAGGGAGAAGGGGGUAAAGGAAAUCCGAAAGAUCCGAAAACAACUGACGAACGAAAUCAAUUUAAGCGUGUCCGGUGCAAAUGUGUCCGUUGAUCCCGAAAUGAAACCACCAGAUGAAAAUCAAGCCAGGCUGCUUCGUCAGCUGCUCUUGAGUGGUCUGGGAGACCAGGUGGCCAGGAAAAUUGGAUUGAAUGAAGUUAAGGAAGGUGAAGACAAGCGGAAAUUCAAAUACGCGUACCAUUGCGGCGAGCUAGACGAACCGGUGCACUUGCAUUCCGAUUCGAUUCUCCGCAAGACGAUCCCCGAAUGGGUGGUCUACCAGGAGUUGUAUGAGACUGGAGCGGAGGGCAGACGCAAAAUGGUGAUGAGGAAUGUGGCGGCUAUAGAAGCUGAAUGGCUGCCCGUGUAUGUCCCACAUUUGUGUAACCUUGAGCCGUUAUCGGAUCCGGAACCUCGAUACGACGAUAAGACAGGUCGUGUAAAGGGUCACUAUAGAGGAACGUUUGGGAAGGCCGGCUGGGAACUACCCUCAGUUGAAAUCGAUUAUCCAGAUAAAAUUGAACGUUACAGAUGGUUUGCAAGAUUUCUCUUAGAAGGUUCCGUGUUUCCGAAGUUAAAGAAGUACACAAGUUCACUUCUAUCGCCACCCUCUACUAUGAUCAAGAGUUGGUCUGGACUGCAACCGCGGACCGAAGUGUUGUUGAAGGCAUUGGCUGCAAAACAUUGUGGUACGAGGGAAGAACUAAGAAAUACAUGGCAACACAAUUCUAAAUAUCUGCUGCCGGAAUACAUGAAAUGGCUCCCAGAAUCAGCUCACAAUGAACUUACGUUGUUCUGGCCUCCACUAUGA